CCUCUCCUCCCGGCCGGUGUGUGGGAAACUGUCCCCGCAGAAAGUAAAGGCUGGCCAGGCCGCCCCCAGCACGUAGAGGGAAUGAGUCAGGCUCCGGCUCCACACUGGCACGUAGGGGGCGGAUCCUGCCGGCGCUGAGUAGGAAGGAGCUUCGGCAGCCAGCCCGGAACGCAUCAUAGGUUAGCUUUUCAAGACACUUCCUGCAUCUCUGACCUGUUGCACCUGUUAUCUUAGCAGCAAGCACCUGCUUCAGCUGACCCUUGAGCCAUAACCCAUAGGGCUUAUUCCGCUUCUAUUCCAGAGGGCUUAUUCCAAAGGGCCAGUGUGCAAAAUAUGAAUCCAAGAUGGCAUUGUGGAAAGACGCUGUACCUCCUGUGAUAAAAUUACUUUGGUGGUGCUUUUUUCUCAUGUAUCUCGGGAAACUAAAAAUCUGAAUUGUAUUCAGUGGCCUUUUCCAAAUGAAGCUCCUGAAAAGUACAUCAAGUCUAAAGUGAACCAGCUAACUCAUCAAGACUGGAAUCAUGAGCAAUAAUGGAGCAGACCUAACCUUUGGUUACAUCUCCUGUUUCGUAGCUAUCCUUUUGUUUGGCUCAAAUUUUGUGCCACUUAAAAAAUUUGAUACUGGUGAUGGAAUGUUUCUCCAGUGGGUCCUUUGUGCUGCCAUAUGGUUGGUUGCCUUGGUGGUCAAUCUGAUAUUACAUUGUCCAAAGUUUUGGCCUUUUGCAAUGCUUGGGGGCUGCAUUUGGGCAACAGGGAACAUUGCUGUUGUCCCAAUUAUCAAAACCAUUGGUUUAGGCCUUGGAAUCUUAAUCUGGGGAUCAUUUAAUGCCUUAACUGGCUGGGCAAGCUCAAGGUUUGGCUGGUUUGGAUUGGAUGCAGAAGAAGUAUCAAAUCCGCUGCUAAAUUACAUUGGAGCUGGGCUAUCAGUAGUAAGUGCUUUCAUAUUUUUGUUCAUCAAAAGUGAAAUACCAAAUAACACGUGUUCCAUGGAUACCACUCCAUUAAUAACAGAGCAUGUGAUCAACACAACCCAAGACCCCUGUUCCUGGGUGGAUAAACUUUCUACAGUACACCACCGCAUAGUGGGCUGCAGUCUUGCAGUGAUAUCUGGAGUACUCUAUGGAUCUACAUUUGUGCCGAUCAUCUAUAUCAAGGACCACAGCAAAAGAAAUGAUAGUAUAUAUGCAGGGGCAAGCCAAUAUGAUUUAGACUAUGUUUUUGCGCACUUCAGUGGCAUCUUUCUUACAAGUACUGUCUACUUUCUGGCCUACUGCAUAGCCAUGAAAAAUAGUCCUAAACUAUAUCCUGAAGCAGUCCUACCAGGAUUCCUGUCAGGAGUACUUUGGGCUAUAGCUACCUGCUGUUGGUUCAUAGCAAAUCACUCUCUGAGUGCUGUGGUCAGUUUUCCAAUAAUCACUGCUGGUCCAGGAUUUAUAGCUGCAAUGUGGGGUGUCUUCAUGUUUAAGGAAAUAAAGGGUCUACAAAACUACCUAUUAAUGAUACUUGCAUUUUGCAUCAUCUUGACUGGAGCCUUAUGCACUGCUUUUUCUAAAAUCUAACAAUGACAAGACCAGCAGGUGGCAGCAGUAGUUAAGAGAAUGCGUCUAUCCGACAGCAGAGAGAUUAUGCUGAGAAAAGAGUGCAUUUUCUUACAGCAAAUGGAUCUCAGCCACUGUUGGAGUGGGUAAAUGAUUUUUUUCCCCAAAAAUGUGAGAAUGAAGGAAGAUUGAGUUUCAUUCAAGUAUAAAAAUGAAAAUUUCUUCUGAUGAACUGUUUAUGAAGGUAGUACUUUACUGGGUGACUAAAAUGUCUACAUUAUUAUAGCAUUACAUAUGAGGAUGCUCUUUUUACCACAGUAUGUACCUAGUGUUGCAUAAUCUAGAACACAGUAUAGUGUCCAUAUACAAAGAAGUUACAGUCCAAAUUUCUCACCUAUUACCCCCGUGAAGUGAGGCAGAAAUACCUUGGGCAAGGAGGGAGAGCCUUACCUUCUAAUGGAAUUAGAUUCCAAAGAUAUUUGGAUCCUUUGUUUCAUAAAUUAAUGCAUAGUUGGUAACUAAAUGUUAAAAAGGCCAUUUUAUUAUUUUUCGCCAAAACUUAUGUUUAUUUCAAGUUAAUAUCGCCCAACUCUACAUCAUCUACCCAUUUUAGCUCAUAAUGCUUUCGAUUAUCAACAGAUAAAGUCCAUUCUCAGAGAACAAAAAUUUUUCAUCAUUGAGAAUAUAUGCAUAACAUAAUACAUACAUACACAAGUAUAUUCACAUACAUAAAUACACGCAGAUAUGUUGCUAAAGUGAGACUGUAGGUUAUCAGUAACAAUUUAAAGGAAACAACCACUCUUUUGAAUGCACAAUUAUCUUUUUCUGAAAUACACUUUUCUAAAACCCUCUUAACUGGAGGUUUUCCUGUUUUCUUCUUGUUUUAACUGGUGGUUUCCAGUAGGCAAAACAAAAUGACAGGCAUGCUAGUUUUUUUUUUUUUUUUUUUUAAGAAAACUGAAAUUAAGCCAGGCAGAUGGCACACUACUAGAAUCCCAGCUGCUGAAGCAGGAGGGUCAAUUAGCCCAAGAGUGCAAAUCUGCCAGCCUGGGCAACAUAGCAAGGUCCCAUCUCUAAAAAAGAAAUUUAAUUUAAAUUUGUAAGAAAAAAGAAAACUGAAACAGAAGGGCUAGUACAAUGUUUGUUGCAAUUGCUUCCAAAACUUUGAAAUAACAAAACCCCUAUUCAAAUGUAAAUUUUACCCAUUCCCACCUGAUAGUACUGUUUAUUACUUUGCUAUGCAAGAGAAACAAAACAGCAUUCUAUUUGUGUGUAUACUCUGAAGUCAAUGUGCAUGGGUUAAAUCCCACCUCUGCUUCAUUUUAUUUGUGUGGCUGUGGACAAGUUCCUAAGCCCUCUGUGUCAGACCUCUCAUUUACAAAAUGGAGUUUAUGAUGGCAUCUACCUCACAUGGUUACUGUGUGGUUGAAAUUAGUUAAAAUCUGUAAAGUAUGUUGAUGAGUAUCUGGUAUUUGGCAAACACUAUGUAAUUGUUAGCUUUUAUUAUUAUGUGUUGUUUGAAGGGGAAAAAAAGUUUUUGUAGAUUGGAGAACACCAUGUAAGAGCUACUAAGCUCACCACCUUCCCAUCCAAACAAUUAUUACACCUCUAAAUGAAUACUACUUAAAAGUGAUGGAGCUUCUGUUUGUUUAUUGAAUUGCUAAUACAAAUAAAUAUUUGAUUAUAACUUCUUAUACUCAUUUUAAUUUUAACCUGAAAUGUCAUUAAAUUAUGCUGAUAAACUUUGAAUAAAUUGUGAUACAAAAGCUA